AUGCCCCUCACACUCUCCACACCCAGCACGCCCGGCGGCUUUGCCACCCCAACAGCCCCGACGUAUGGGUACGGCUACAUGCCCAGCUCCCCCAGCCCCGCGACGCCCGUGACCCCGGCGCCAAUGCUGAACAUGCGGACGGGCGCGCUUGAACGCACCCGUUCCGUCGGCCACCUGCGCGACAAGGGCGGCCAUGGGACCAGCAGCCGUCCAGCAAGCGUGUGCGCUCCGCCGGGGGCUCUGCUCGCAAACUCGCACGCGCACGGGCACGCUCGGGGACAGUCCUACUCGGCGGGCAUGUCGCUGCCCGUCAUGCCUCCGGCGCCGCCGCUGGGCUCCGAGCUGGCAUGGACAGAGAUUCAGAGCAGGACAUUUUGUAAAUGGCUCAACACAAAGCUCGAGUCACGAGGGUUUGAGCCCAUGACCUCGCUGGCAAAGGACUUUGCAGACGGCGUCAAGCUGAUCCAGCUUCUCGAAAUCAUGUCCGAGACGAGCCUGGGCCGAUACAACAGCAAGCCCAAGAUGCGCGUCCAAAAGGCCGAGAAUGCAUCCAAGGCGCUCCAGUUCAUCCGCGAGCGAGGCGUCAAGCUGACCAACAUUGGCCCGGAGGAUAUUGUUGACGGCAACUUGAAGCUCAUUCUCGGCAUGAUCUGGACUCUUAUCCUGCGCUUUACCAUCGCGGGCAUCACAGAAGAAGGACUCUCUGCCCGUGACGGCCUGUUACUAUGGUGUCAACGCAAGACGACACCUUACUCUGACGUCGAUGUCCAGAACUUUAAGCAGAGCUUUUCGGACGGUUUGGCCUUUUGUGCUCUUAUCCACCGCCACCGUCCAGAGCUUAUCGACUAUGACAGCCUUGACAAGUCGGACCGUCGUGGCAACACUGCUUUGGCGUUCAAGGUUGCCGAGGAGAGCCUUGGCAUUCCGCGCCUCCUGGAAGUGUCCGAUAUCUGCGACGUCAAGGUCCCCGACGAGCGGUCCGUCAUGACCUAUGUGGCCGAGUUUUUCCACAAGUUUUCUUCGGAAGACAAGGCAGAGACUGGCGCCCGCCGCGUUGAAAAGUUUGCCGAGGUCAUGCAGAGCAUCUUAUCCACGCGUACCGACUUUGAGCGCCGCAUGGAUGCGCUCCUCAACUCGCUCCGCCAGACGCGCGCCGCGUGGGCCGCUGCCGACCGACCUACGUCGUACCCGGAUGCCAUUGCGCACAAGACCGACUUUGCAGAGUGGAAGAAGACGAGCAAGCGCAGCUGGGUCCGCGAACGCCAAGAGCUCACUCAGCUGUACAGCAACAUCCAGACCAAGCUUAGAACGUACUCCCUCCGGUCGUGGGAGCCGCGCGAGGGUUUACGGCUAGAGGACCUCGAGUCGUCGUGGGCCGAGCUGAGCACUGCCGAGGUGUCUCGCAGCCGUGCCAUCAACGCCAGGAUUAGAGAAAUCAAGGAAGACCUGCGAAAGGAGUUUGCCCGCCUCGCCGAGAGCUUUAUCGACCGAGUAAAGCGGAUCGAGCAGGCUAUUGGGUCGCUGAGUGGACCGCUGCAGGACCAAAAGCAAGCCCUCUUGUCUCUGUCUGCCGAGCUCCCGGCGCUCCGCACCGCCCUCACAAACGACAUUGCCGCCGCCAACCACAACUGUGUUGAAGCAAAGGUCGACGAAAACGACUACACAGUGUUUACCUACGACGACCUGGAGUUUGAGCUCGAGAUUGCCGAGGGCGGUAUGCGCAAGAAGAUUGGCUUUGUCGACAACCAAAUGGUCUCGGCGACCCACACCAACAUCACCCCGGCCAAGCUCGAGGAGUUCGAGUCUACAUUCAAGCACUUUGACAAGGACGGCACCAACGUUCUCACCGUGUACGAGAUGCACUCGGCCUUGGCGAGUUUGGGUAUAGUCUACCCGGACGAAGAGGUCGAGGCCAUCUACUACCAGCUCGAGUCGCAGUUUGGCGCCCUCACGUACGAAGCGUGGUUGACGCUCUUGGUGGAGAUUACAAAGGACGACGCGUCAUCUGCCGACCAACUGCGUGAGGCGUUCCGCGACCUCGCGGGUGACAAGGGCCAUGUUACCCAGCAAGACCUCAAGUUUGCCAACUUGUCGCCCGAGGCGGUGCGGUUCUUGUCCGAGGUCAUGCCUGCAGUGGAGGUCGAGGACCAAGCCGAGGGCCUAGCAGGUAGUGGCACAUCAACUGGUUUCGACUACCAUGUGUUCUUGGAGCAGUCGUUUGGGCGGAUGGUCUGA